AUUCAUCGAUUCCGACCCUAUCACAAAAUCAAAACAAAUGUGCCGAUACGUUUUCUGAUUUUAUAUAAAGUUUCAAUAUUAAACGCAAAUAACUCACGAUGUCCUACCUUGUUGUUUCAACAGUCUUAGCGCGGAACAUUUCACGUUCACUACAUUACGUCCAGCAAACCCGACAUGUACACCGCUGGGUUGGUCCUACACUACGGGAGCUGAAGCGGCGUCGUGAGAAAAUGGGCCCAGAAGCCGUAUUACCUCGGUCUACACACAGCGAUUGGAACUAUAAUGCGGAAAUAUUUGCCUUCGGUAAACGACUAUCGGAACAGUUCGAUACCAAGUUGCUACAGCAAGCAUUUACCCACCAAUCAUUCAUUGCUAUGGAAGAGCAAAAACAAGUUGAAGUUGGUAUUGAUCAGCCGCAGCUGGGUCUGCAGGAUAACCGGCAGUUAAUGGAACAUGGUCAAAAUCUAAUCCAGCGAUAUGUGCAAGCAUUUCUGUUAACAGCACUGCCCAAGCUUCCAGAGGAAGGGAUUCAAGCGAUAGCGGGAUAUUUGACAACGGAAAAUCAGCUGGCUUACGUUUCUAAGCAUCUAGGGACAACCGACAUAAUUCUAUCAGCAGAAUUUCCAGUGACUGAAAAGUUGCUAGCCGACACACUGAAGGCAGUUGUUGGAGUACUGCACAAAUCAUCCGGCGAAGAACGAGCGUAUCUGUUCAUUCGGGAUUUUAUUUGCACCCAGCUGAACCAGCAGGACGUCAACGAGCAUUGGAAUAUUGAAGACCCCCUAGCAUUGCUUCAGGAAUAUUGUCGGAAGAAAAAGCUUGGCGAACCGGAACCUCGUUCCAUAGGGUUGGUCGGUAAGAAUACACUUCUGGCCGCGCACAACGUGGCAAUUUACUGCAAUAAACAAUUCGUCGGAUCGGGCUACGGUGAGGAUGUCGAUACAGCUAUUCGGGAAGCGGCCUGGGAUAGCUUACGGCAGCUUUUUGGAACGGAGCACAAUAUGAAACCGAUUAACUUCAGCUUGGAGCUCAAAGAUGUCGUUAAAAACGUUAAACAAGAGCAACGUAAGAAACAGUAAAUAGAAUGGUGGUGUAGAACAAUAAAUGCUUUCGAAUUA